AUGACUUUACAAAGAAUGUUAAAAUUCACAACAAGCCAAUUGACUGGGUGUGCUGCUCUGUUACCACAAGUCAACAAUGUUCGAGGCAUCAAGAAUUUUAAGCCCCCAAUUCUAUAUGAACAUAUUCAGAUGCCAGAAAGGCCUAAGCUCCAUUAUAUCGACAGGGUACCAAAUUAUAGUAAUUCUCAAAUAAGGCCUCCAAAAAUGCAUAAAAUGUUGGGUUUGAUGAGGGGUCCUGAAACAGUUCACAACAAACUUAUACACAAACAAUAUGGUAUACAGGCGACUGGCGGAGGCCGAAUGAGGUUUGUACACUUUGAAGUUAUUCGAAUGGGCUUACUGAGAAAAUUAGACUGGUCCAGAAUGUUUGCUAUUUGGAGAGUUGAUUCACCAUGGCAAGCUGUCACCAAAAAGGGCCAAGGGCAGAGAAUGGGUGGUGGAAAAGGUAACAUAGAUCAUUACGUGACUCCGAUUAGAUCAGGCAGAAUUAUUAUUGAAAUCGCUGGUCAUUGUGAAUAUGUAGAGGUAAAAGAUAUUUUAAGUAAAAUAUCUGCUAAACUUCCAUUUAAAGCAAAAGCUGUUAGCCAAGAAACUAUGGAAUGGGAUUUAGCCAAAGAACAGUGGCAGUCUGAAAACAAUCAGAAUAAAUAUACAAUGGAAUAUUUAAUUAAAAAUAACAUGGAUGAUUUACAAAGAAAAGUUAAAAAAAUUGAUCAUUUAUAUUUUGGAAAAUAUGUAUAA